GCGGAGGUUAGCGUGGGGGUGGCCUCCGUCUUUGGCCCUUUGGAGGUCAAGGCACAGGAGUUACAGUCGCUUAUCAUCGUCUUCUUCUGGUAAGGUUGCGACCCUGCUGCGCUUAUCGCCCAUGACGAUGAUACUCUGCCUUCCGACCUGCAUGACGAUGUGAGGAGAAGCUUUUUAAACCUGCAGCGUUUGCGAGGGUCACAAAAACUUGAACAACCUGCAUCCCUUGCAUCAGGUCGACUCUGUUCUUUGCCCGUUCUUCUAUUCCCUGCCUCCCCCAUCUUCCUUUCCCACCGCUGGCGGCAGGACCAUGGCGUCGAAGAGUGUUCCUUCAUCUGACCUGGAGCGACAUGAUACGUUCAAGUCCGGUGGACGGAAUCAUUCCCUAGAUGAUAACGGUACUAACAAGUUGGGUGCCUAUGCAUCUGCGCCAGGUGUAGUCGAAGAUGUAGUCCGAGUGGUUGAUCAUAAGGCUGAGCGAGCUUUGUGUCGUCGAUUUGACCUGCGAUUGCUUCCAAUAUUGGCCGUUAUGUAUCUGUUCAAUGCUUUGGAUAAAGGAAAUUUGGGAAAUGCCGAAACCGAUAAAAUGAGCGAAGAUCUCAACUUCAAACCCAACCAAUACAACCUCCUCCUGUCCAUAUUCUUUGUCCCAUAUGUCAUUUUUGCGCCGCCGUUCGCGAUGUUGGGUAAACGGUAUAGCCCGGCCCGAGUGCUGCCCAUCCUCAUGUUUAGCUUUGGCUCUUUCACCCUCCUAUCGUCUGCGACCAAGAAUUUUGGUGGGAUGUUUACACUCCGGUGGUUCCUCGGAAUGUCCGAGGCAGCAUUUUUCCCGCUAGUGAUCUACUACCUGACGACCUUUUACCGUCGCGGUGAGCUCGCCAGACGACUCGCCAUCUUCUAUGCGGCGUCCAAUAUCGCCAAUGCCUUCUCCGGCCUGAUCGCAUUCGGCGUAUUCCAGAUCAAACACUCCAGCAUUCCCAAUUGGCGCUAUCUCUUCAUCAUCGAGGGCGGAGUAACCGUGCUCUUCUCCAUCUUCGCAUUUUGGUAUCUCCCCCGCAGCGCAUCGGAAGCCAAGUUCCUCUCAGACGACGAGAAAGCCCUCGCCUUGCAUCGCAUCCAAGUCGAUUCGAGCGCGGUAGUGAACGAAGAAUUUCGCCUCCGCGAAGCCCUCGGCAUCUUCAAGCACCCCAGCACUUAUGUAUUCCUCGGCAUUGAAAUCUGUCUCGGAGUCCCCAUCCAAGGUGUCGCGCUAUUCUUACCCCAGAUUGUCCAGCGACUGGGCUACAGCACCGUCAAGACGAACCUAUACACAGUCGCUCCAAACGUUACCGGCGCAGUCAUGCUACUGAUCCUGGCAUUCUGCUCCGAUGGAGUCCGUCUCCGCUCGCCUUUUAUCGUCCUUGGUUUUCUACUCACAUUCGCCGGGUUCAUGAUCUACGCUUCCAUCAAUGACGUCCAAGCUCAGAUCCGCGUCGCGUAUUUCGCGACAUUUAUGAUGACCUGGGGGACUUCGGCUCCGUCUGUGUUGCUGAGUACAUGGUACAACAACAACAUCGCGCACGAAGGUCGCCGUGUGCUACUUACCAGUAUCGGUGUACCACUGGCCAAUUUGAUGGGUCUGGUAAGCAGUAACGUGUUCCGCAGUCAAGAUAAGCCCAAGUACAUGCCGGCAUUGAUCACGGUUGGGGCGUUUGGGGCUACCGGUGCCGCAUUGGCAGGGUGUCUGGGGGCUUACAUGUGGUUUGAUAAUAAGAGGCGCGACCGGAGAGAUGGAGUGACGGUUAGAGCGCAGGAUGUGCCUACCGAAAGGUUGAGGGAUGGUCCGGCCAGUCCUGAGUUCCGGUGGUUUCUGUGAAUGUUCGCUUUAUGGCAAUGGAAAUUGUUCUCUGAUAUCUUGCAGCGUUGGUGUCCAUGGGUCAUGUCUUGCUGUUAUUGAAUUUGUAUUUCCAGGCGCUGUUUUUGGGAACGAUCGCUUGUUGUACGUUUGAACGAGUCUUUACGAAGCAUAAGGUUUUU